AGAGGGAAACAUGGAGAGAAGGAUCCACCUGGAGUUGAGGAACCGGACCCCGGCGGCUGUUCAAGAACUUGUCCUGGACAACCGCAAAUCAAAUGAUGCAAAGAUUGAGGGUUUAACGGCUGAAUUUGUGAACUUAGAGUUCCUCAGCUUAAUAAAUGUAGGCUUGAUUUCAGUUUCAAAUUUCCCAAAACUACCGAAAUUGAAAAAGCUUGAGCUCAGUGACAAUAGAAUCUUCGGUGGUCUGGACAUGUUAGCGGAGAAACUUCCCAACCUCACACAUCUCAACUUAAGUGGGCAUAAGCUGAAAGACAUCAGCCCCUUGGAACCUUUGAAAAGAUGGGACUGUCUGAAGAGUCUGGAUCUGUUGAGCUGUGAGGCCACCAAGUCGAAUGGUUCCCGAGAGAGCGUCUUUAAGCUCUUGCCCCGGCUGACUUCCCUGGAUGGCUACGACCUCGGGGACCAGGAGGCCCCUGACUCCGAUGCUGAGGUGGAUGCUGUAGAGGAGGGGUAUUUUGAUGAAGACGAAGAUGAAGAUGUGGAAGGGGAAGACGGUGAAGAUGAAGUCAGUGGGGAGGAAGAAGUUCAUGAAGAUGAAGAAGAUGAGGAGGAAGAGGAAGAGGAG